AUGGCUUCUGUAGCCCUUCCACACAAACUGACCACCAUCGAGACCAAGAGGAUCAUGUCCGUCUUGGAUGAGGCCAUCCGCAAGGUGGAGUUGGUGACCCUGCUGUCAGCCAUGGUAGACAAUCAGGAGGCUCUGGAGGGCGUGCUGGGGGAGGCCACCGAGAAGGCAGUGAGAGACCACGGGGACCUGUGUAGGACCCUCCUGGACAGCAUCAGUGACCUCGAUGCCAAGGAAAGGCAGCUGCAAGAGAUGGGUGGGCUGGAGGAUGGGAGGAGUGUCAGGGACCUGCUGUGCUCCGAGGAGGAGCGGAGAGAAGACAUCCUGCCGCUCAUGCAGCAGAUCAAGGACUCCACGCGGAACACCCUGCGGCUCCUGCUCAGCCACCCCCAGGCCUCCAGGCUCCUGCAGAUGCCGGCGCUGGGCAGGAGCCCACAAGCCCAGUGGUUUGUCGACAGCCUGGUAGAACUCCGCAGUUUCCUGCUUGAGAAACUGCUCACUACCCCGCCGGAGGCCAGGGACAAGGCCCUGUUCAUACAGGACAUCAGCAGGCGGAAUAAGAGGAACCAGGACAUUGUGGAAGCUCUUGAAAAUGAACUGGCAGGAAGCAUCAAGAACAGGGAUGCCGAGGUGGAGAAGGAGAACUUUGUGAUCCAAGAACUGAAAAACCACCUGCACCAGGUGCACAAGUUCUCAGAGAGCAGCCUCGUCCGCACCAAGCAAGAGGCUAAGAAGCAGCAGAAGGCGGACUUCCGGGCCUCGAAGGCCAGGAAGGCCAAGAUCCAGCAGGAGAUCCUGCUGCUGCAAACGCAGUACCACAACCUGGUGAUGGAGAACCGGGAGCAGGAGCAGGCACUGAGGAAGAAGAAAUACAAAGUGGAGACGGAGAUAGAGAACUGGAUCCAGAAGUACGACAUGGAGAUGAGUGAAAAGCAGGCGGAGCUGGAGGAGCUGGGGGCCAUCCACAGGGAGGAGAAGGUGCAGCUGGAGGAGCUGAAGCAGAAGCGCGACGUGCUGGCGGAGGAGUACUCCCAGAUCCGCGCAGAGCGGGAGAUCAGCUCCAAGAAGAGGCUGGAGGCCGAGGAGCAGCUGGCGCUCAUGGUGCGGGCCGCCACGCUCAUCCAGGCCAUGUGGAAGGGCUACCUGGUCCGCUCCAUGCUCAAGUCCAAGAAGAAGAAGCGGGGCAAGGGCAAAGCGAAGGACAAGUCGGCCAAGGAGAAGGCCAAGGGCAAGGAGAAGGCCAAGGGCAGGAAAUGA